ACAGUGGACGGAGUUCGCAGGCUCUGUCACCUGCCUGGUGAGGUCCAGGCAGAGGUGGGCGGUGACUCGCUGAGGGAAAGGGAGAGGCAGGACCACACCUGGCAGGUCCCUGAGGACAGCAGCCCUGAGGCCUCCUUGCGGCAGCCGGCUCUCCACCAGCCCAGGUGCCGACCCUGCCCUCCCUCAUGGGGCCGGCCUGGAGGCAGUGGGUCCUGACAGGCCUGCUCGGGGCCGCGGCGGCCUCAGGCCUCACCACGCUGCUCCUCACCCUGCUGGAGGCCGCUGAUGUCCUCCUGCCCACGGGCAGCAAGUUCGGCGUCGUGUUUGACGCGGGGUCCUCCCACACGUCCCUCUUUGUGUACCGGUGGCCAGCGCACAAGGAGAACAGCACGGGCGUGGCGAGCCAGGCCCUGGCCUGCCAGGCGGAAGGGCCUGGAAUCUCCUCCUAUGCCUCCAAUCCUGCACAGGCUGGCGAGAGCCUGCGGGGCUGCCUGGAGGAGGCGCUGGCGCUGAUCCCAGAGGCACAGCAUCAGGAAACGCCCCUGUUCCUGGGGGCCACGGCUGGCAUGAGGCUUCUCAGCCAGAAGAACAGCUCUCAGGCAAGAGACAUCUUUGAGGCGGUCACCCAGGUCCUGGGCAAGUCUCCCCUGGACUUCUGGGGUGCUGAGCUCCUGGCCGGGCAGGACGAAGGCGCUUUAGGCUGGAUCACCAUUAACUACGUCCUGGGCGCGCUGAUCCAGUACUCCUUCUCUGGAGAAUGGAUCCAGCCUCCGGAGGGGACACUGGUGGGGGCCCUGGACAUGGGUGGAGCCUCCACCCAGAUCACCUUUGUGCCUGGAGGCCCCAUACUGGACAAGAGCACGCAGGCCACCUUCCGCCUCUACGGACUUGAGCACAGCGCCUACACCCACAGCUACCUGUGUUUCGGGCGCGACCAGAUGCUGAACAGGCUCCUGGCGCAGCUGGUGCAGAGCAGCUCCGGCCUCCUGGUCCGCCACCCAUGCUACCACAGCGGCUACCGGGCCUCGCUGUCCCCGGCCGCGCUCUACGAGUCGCCCUGUGUGCACGCAGCAGCCCCCCCAGACCUGGCCAGGAACCUCACCGUGGAAGGGACAGGGAACCCCAGGGCCUGCGUCUCAGCCAUCCGAGGCCUCUUCAACUUCUCCAGCUGCCAGGGCCGAAGUCACUGUGCCUUCGACGGGGUCUACCAGCCGCCCGUGCGGGGCCCGUUCUACGCCUUCUCCAACUUCUACUACACCUUCCACUUCCUGAACCUCACCUCCAAGCAGCCACUGGCCGCUGUCAACGCCACCAUCUGGGAGUUCUGCCAGAGGCCCUGGAAGCAGGUGGAGGCCAGCUCGCCCGGGCAGGGCCGCUGGCUCCGUGACUACUGCACCUCGGGGCUGUAUAUACUCACGCUGCUGCUUGAGGGCUACGGGUUCAGCGAGGAGACGUGGCCUGGCAUCGAGUUCCGCAAGCAGGCUGGCGGCACGGAUAUCGGCUGGACGCUGGGCUACAUGCUGAACCUGACCAGCAUGAUCCCAGCCGAGGUUCCUGCCCAGUGGCGGGCACAGAGCCACGGCGUCUGGGCGGCCGGGGUCACCUUUGCCACGCUGACUCUUGUGCUUACUCUGGGGGCUGUGGCAAGCCAGCUCCUCUGGCCCCGGGGCUAAGCUGGGCGGCCGCCCUGUGGCAGAAGGCACAGGCUCAGCUCCCAUGGUCUGAGCUGGUCAGAGCCUCCCUGAGCUCCUGACCCCCGCAGGGCCCCCUUCCCCUGUGGGCUCUGGCCCCACAGUCAGAUGGCCCCCACUGAUGCAGGCCAUGUUGGGGCCUCCCCAGGGCGGCAGGUGACAAAUGCCAGGCCACAGGGGCCCCUGCAGCAUCCCAAGGCGGUGUGACCUUCAGUGUUAGUGGGACGUGGGGCCUGGUCAAGCCGGACGUGGGAGUGACCACUGCCGAAGAAGGGGCCCAGCUCCCUGGGAGAGGCCGGCGGAGCCUCAGGAGGAGGUUGAGGGGGUGCCCAGCCGGAACCAGGGCGUCACUCAGCCUGAGGGGCGGCAUCCAGGCUCCACGUCUUCUCUGGGAGCAGCCCCCCGCCCCCCCAAGCCUGUGAGGCCCUCGCAGUGGACAAACCCACGAUACAGACCACAGCUUAGUGGGAGAAGCUGCUUUAUUAAAACCCUUGCCACGGAA